GAGUCUCGUCAUAUGACCCACGUCGCGCGGGGAGCGGGAGGCAGCAGCAGCAAGCAGGAGAACCGGGAGCAGCAGCAGCCGCCGGAUUCGGCCUCGAGGCGCCGUCGCGAGAAGGAGCGUCGGAGGCGAGGCGGGCGAGGGAAGGGAGACGAGAAGCGUCCUGGUUGCUGCCUCUGCCUGUGCCGCCGCCACCUGCACCCCCCCACCCCCAUCAUGCUGGCGCUGUUGUCUCGGCUGCUGGACUGGUUCCGGUCGCUGUUCUGGAAGGAGGAGAUGGAGCUGACGCUGGUCGGGCUGCAGUACUCGGGGAAGACCACCUUCGUCAACGUCAUCGCGGUGAGAUGCGUGAUUCCGCACCCCGGGGUGUCCCUACUUUGCCCCCUCCCGCCUCUCCUUUGAUACCCGCUUGAGCUGGAGAUGGGCGGCUGCUCUCGCUCCUCCCCUCCUUGGCCCCAGUCAAAUGCAUGCACAGUAAUUUUUCCACUAGUUGUAGAGUGGGGUUGUGUUUUUUUGGGGGGUGGGGUGGGAGAAGAGGAACACCAAAUUGUCAUUUUAAAGGCCCCGCCCUCGGCUUUCCCUCCGCCUCCUGCAGCCCGUUGAGUUCUGCCCCGUGCGGGGGUUAAAAGUCCCAGCACUUUGGGGGAGCAUGCGAGGAGAAAGGCCACGCCAACUCCUUAGGAUAGGGCAAAGGGGCUUUUCCCACUUUCUUUCCUGGGUGGGGUGGCGUUCAGACAUGCAGCUCGCUCACGUGUUCAGCGGUACAGCCAGGGGACAGGAGAAGAGUUUAGGUUAGGGACUUAGAAUUCUGCUGUUUCCCGGACCUCGGCGAGCCGUGGAGGUUGGGGUGGGGCUGAGCCAGGUGAUGCUUUCGCCCACUUGGUUGCCUCCAGACACUCAACUUGGAUGAAAGGAGUUCUGGAGGAGGGCUGGACUAGGGAAUGGUGGGUGUUACCCUGCCUUGCCCAGCCCAGUCAUGUCUUAGUCAGGUCUGAAGCUCUUUGCAUAGCAAGCCUUGUUUGGGAUGGGCAAAAGAAGCUGCAACUCUUCUCCCUGAAGCUGCUAUAAUCCUGACUCUCUGUGGGUGUGACUUUCCCAAAGGAGAACACUUUUCUCUCCCCAGUGCUUGUAGGUGCCAAGUGAUGUGGGAGGACCAAGGGCCUGCCUGGUUUUACCUGACUUUGCUUUGGUUUGGAGAUGACUUCCUGGGCCUUUCUCUCUCUGGAGGAAGUUAACAGUUGGGCGUGUUGCUCAAGAUUAGUAAUACAAGACCAGUGUGCACUCAAGAGUGGUCUUAAGGUGCCACAUAAGUUUAAGUAAGGAUGGGCCUAGCCAAUAUUUGGAGGCUAUCCAGAAACCCUAUGUAUGUCUGAGCUCUUCCAAGACAUUUAAAAUAUAAAUGUUAUCUAUUUUGUUUGAAGGUAUUUCUAGGGCACCUUUAAGGGUAAAAAAAACCUCGCUAAGAUGACUUAAACCAUCUGAAGGGCAACACUUAAGCAGUUUGUGGUAUACUUGAACAUAUAUAAUCUGAGGCCCUUCUCCAGGUACUUCCUCUGAAAGAAGUUUUGAAUGUGGUGGCACUGUCUUUUUGGCUGUGUCUAUGGAGGGCCCUCCCCAGCGAGGCCUGCUUGAUGCCAGUAUUAACAUCAUUUCGGUGCCAGGUUGACAUACCUCUUUUCCCAGACUUCAGAGGUUUCAGUCUUUCCUUUCUUUUUCUUUUGUUUGUAUUUUGGAGUAUCAUUUUACCAUCAGUUAAACCUGAUGAUGGUUUUUAAAUUGUUUAUGUAAGUUACUACUUUUAUUGGAUGACUACACGUACUUAAAGUAAUCCAUGUGAGUUUGAUUGAGUCUAGGAGCCCUGUAAUGACUGAUUAGGGUUAUGUUUCAUUAACCAGGGCAAGGGAUAUCUGUAGAAGGUCUUUCUUUUUUAUUUAUUGACACUAUUCUUAUAAGCAAAAAAGCUCACUUAGACUGCAUAGCCUGAACAGACUUGAUACACAAGAACACUUAUUUGCCUCAAGGUAUCUUAAUUAGCACAUAUUAUAGAUGAAUAUUGAUCUUUUUAACUGACGUUUCAUACUUGUAUUCUAGUUGUAAAGCAUCAUUUUCGCUUCCAGGGUUUUUGGUGUGUGUAUAUAUAUCUUUAUGCCAUCUGUACAUAUUGAUAGUUAUGGUAAAAUCGGGACCAAUCCAUUUGGAAUACUUUGCUCUGAAUAAAGGGGCUCGCUCUGUCUUGAGUUUGCCCUUUGGGGAGAGCAGAGUUGGGUGAAUUGCAUUCAGCUCAUUCUCCUGGUAGGUCAAAGUAGCUUUUCCCCCUUGGCGCAUUAACAAUAGGAGGGUGGGGUCAGGUUGCUGUUUGGGAUGGGGCAAGAAACCUUCCACAAUGGACUCAGCUGCAGAAUUUGCCUCUCGGGUUAGCCAUUAACUUGCUUAUCUAUGCUGAAGUUGCCUCAUAAAAAGCUUUGAUGAUGUCUUUCUAAAUGACUUGAUUGCAUCACUUCCAACAAACAAGAUGCUACAUUUUCUUGAUUGUUUUGUGCCUUUAUCAGGGGCAUGCAACAUUGUCUUGCUAGAGUAAAUCUAAAACAGUGCUCUUAUUUUGGGGGGCAAACUGGCCUCUACUUACUACACUUAAGAUCGUUUUGGCUUUGGUAGGUCUACUGCUACAGCAAGCUGCUUCUGUCAGUUCUGUAGGUUUUAAUGGUGGCAGUUUGUUGGAUAAAUUUAGUUCAUAAUUUGGUUCUAAAAGACAACAAAACAGCUUCCUUGCAGGCCUAGGAAAUGCUUUCUGGUCUACUGGCUUGGCAAACCAUUGGAAUGUAAUGUACUUUGCUUGUAGAUAUUUUUGUCCUGUUUGUUGCUUAGACCUUGCCUCAAACACAGUACAGUGGUGCCCCGCAAGACGAAUGCCUCGCAAGACGGAAAACCCGCUAGACGAAAGGGUUUUCCGUUUUUGAGUUGCUUCGCAGGACGAAUUUCCCUAUGGGCUUGCUCGCAAGACGAAAAUGUCUUGCGAGUCUUGAGAUUUUUUUUCGCUCCCCCCCCCUUUUCUACGCCGCUAAGCCGCUAAUAGCCUUUUAGCAGCUAAGCCGAUAAGCCUUUAAUAGCCGCUAAACCGCUAAUAGCGCUAAUCCGCUAAGCCGCUAAUAGGGUUGCUUCGCAAGACGAAAAAACCGCUAGACGAAGACACUCGCGGAACGGAUUAAUUUUGUCUUGCGAGGCACCACUGUAAUGAAACUUCUGAGGGGAUCUUGUAAAUGAGAUCUGAAACUGCUCACAUUUUUCUUUUCUAACAGUAGUGCUUAUGACAAAGAGUGAGCAAGGAAUAGUUUGGAAAAUUAAGAGUGGGAUCCUUAUCAUGUUUGCUUGGAAAUGAGUUCUGUUGAAGUUAGUAGGGCUUAUUCCCAAAUUAGUAGGGGUUAGGUCUAUAGAUGAAGUAGUCCUAGCAUUUUUUCAAUUUUUUCAUGGAAACGUCUUGAGUCUGAGUCUUGACAAGAUUGCAUCUGUAAAUACUUCUAAGCAACUAGAAUGAUUUAAAUAUCUUCUUGUGAACCAGCCUGAGAUCUUUUGAUAAAGGGCAGUAUAUAAACAACAGCAACAACAUUUUGCACUUAAGCUUUGUGUUCAUUAAGUUCAAAGAACAUCAUUGUGUGGUAGACAUAUGCUCCAUAAUAGUGAUGGGCUCAUUUGAGAUGACUUCUAAAUACAGUCAUACCUCUGUUUAUGAACUUAAUUCGUUCCGGAAGUCCUUUCUUAAACUGAAACUGUUCUUAAACCGAGGCGCGCUUUCCCUAUGAGGCCUCCUGCCACCGGUGCCUUUCCACCAUUCGGAUUCCAUUCUUAGACCGAGGUAAAGUUUGCAAACCGGAACACUACUUCCGGUUUUGCGGAGUUUGUAAACCGAAUAGUUCAUAAACAGGGGUGUUCUUAAACCAAGGUACCACUGUAUUCUAAAGCUCCCAGGUUCAGCAGCUGCAUUGGGAUAUCUCUCUCCUUAGCUGAGAUAAACAAUAUAAUCAGAAGAUGGCCAUACCCAUGUUCUCCUUAUCCACUGGGGAUAGGUGUGUGCAGCAGUGCCUAGGAACUGGGUGUAUUUAAGUCUUGGUCUACUGCCAGACCUGUACCUGAUUUAUGGUAGAUCAGCUACUGAGAUUAUUGCAAAUAAUACUGGACUAGUGAAUUUUUGCCUACCAACUAAGACUAUGUUCAUACUUGGAACACUUAGCACAGAUCAUAGCCUUGAUGCGAGUUCCUAUGUAUGCAUGCUUGCUUUGUACAUUUUUAUACUUCUUGAUGGAUCAUGGGGGUUCUUAGGCGGUGCUGGAGGGAAGCAGACCACAUAAGGUUGAAAUCAACCCAUACUGUCCUCUUGGGGGGCAGUUAGCAAAUAAAUAAAAACAAAACAAAGCUUUGUGAAUAGGGAUAGUUUAAGCAAGUGCUGAACCAUCACCCAAAAGACAAUAUGUGUGUUCUUGUGCUUGAGUGCUGCCAAAGGGCGUGCUUGCCCUGAAAACUUCAUAAUUCAAAAACAAACACUAAAUGCACAAAAUAUGGCCAAGAGGUUGAUGCAUCAUUUCUUUAAUAUCAGUCCUUGACUGCCUUGCAUUGCUUGUUUUCAGGACUACAGGGCACAUCUGCUAUGUUGUUGACUUUGAAUGAACGAAUUAUGGAAUUAGAAUGGCGAGGCAAAAGGGCGAUGUUGGUAGAGUGCUUGCUUGGUAGCUGCUUGCUCGGUGCUAGGGCUGGGGAACCUGUGACCCUCCAGAUGUUGCUGCAUGACAACUGCAACAUCUGGCGGACUGCAGGUUGGCCACCCUUCAGAUACAAUGACUUCCUUUAAAGGUAGUAUUUAGAUCUACAACAUAAACAAAUAUUUUAUCCAAACCUUUCAGGUAAAUUGGAAGCUAGCUUUAACUUGGCACAUGUGGUGGAAUUUGUUAAAAGCAUUGGAUGAUAUAUCUUUAAGCAGAACUUUUUUGUUCUUACUGGCAAUGCAAAUCGCAGAAAGGGAACCUGGUUGAAUGUAUAGCAGAUCCUAUGGAAAAUUUUACUGUUCCUCUUCCUAUAAACUGAACUAAGGUUGAUAAAAUAUUUAAAACUAGAGAGUUGCUUCUUUUUCACCCACUAAAAGAGUGAUGCCAUAUUACAACUUAAACAGGGAUAAAAUAAGCCAGGUAUGUGUUGAAUACUGGGAAUCAUACCCUCUUGCCAAAUCAUAGAAGUCACUGUUGGAAGUCGAGGUUCCUAGAUGACAAAAGAACUGGAUAUCUUUCCAGCCCAAUUUAAAGGAGUGUCAAUUUCUUAUGUAGAAGUAAUGUCCUUUUGCAUUUAAAAAGUAAAUAAUUUAAAUUAAUUUAAUAGUUCAGCCUGUUAAAGAAAAGUACCAUUCAGUGGAAGGGGUGGGGGAAGGAUUGGUUCUUUGAAUUGAAAUUGUGUACCUUACUGCUUGGUUGGGAUCUAACACAUCUCUAGACUUAACUGGGUGAAAUCUAUUAAAUAUGUAUUCUUGCAAACUUGUUCUUGCGUGAAAUAAAAGAGCUUUGUCGGCUUCAGUAUUAAACUUCAAUAGUUUGUGUUUCUGUCACUUGGACUGUAGGCAAGUGAUGAUAGGGAUCUUUAUUCUGUGAUGAUUGCAACUGAUAAGCACCUAAAAAAAUACAGGGUUGAACAUAAGUCAUACCGCAGACCCAUUAAAAGAAUGACUAACUUAGGUCUGCUCAUUUCAGUGACUCUACCCUGAGUAAAACUUGGGUGCAUACAAUCCACUGUGCUUCACCUUGGUAUUGGGGAUCUAUUGCCUACAACUCCCAUGAUCCCUAGCUAGCAGGACCAGUGGUCAGGGAUGAUGGGAAUUGUUGUCUCAAAACAUCCGGAGGGCCAAGUUUAAGGAAGCCUGGCCAAGAGUAAAGUUCCCUAUCCUUCCAAGGUAAGUAUAAAAUAUUGAAGGGUAAUAACUUGCCAGGCUAAGAGCUCAGUUAUAUAUGGGUAGUCUGGUAGUAAGGAUUUCAGUUACCAUAUUUUUUGCUCUAUAAGACUCACUUUUUCCCCUCCAAAAAAGUAAGGGGAAAUGUGUGUGCGUCUUAUGGAGUGAAUACAGGCUGCGCAGCUAUCCCAGAAGCCAGAACAGCAAGAGGGAUCGCUGCGCAGUGAUCCCGCUUGCUGUUCUGGCUUCUGAGAUUCAGAAUAUUAUUUUUUCUUGUUUUCCUCCUCCAAAAACUAGGUGCGUCUUGUGGUCUGGUGCGUCUUAUAGAGCGAAAAAUAAGGUAAAUAUAAAAAUGGCUAAUAGGAAAGACUUGACUAAUGUUAUCAGAACUUGAACAACAUAUUAACCACCUGCAUUAUUAUUAUUCAAUUAAUAAUAAGGUCAGGGAUGUUUGUGUGGCAUGUGAAGCUUGAGUAGGGAAGGAAGCUGAUUCUCUUUAAUUUACCGUAUUUUUCGCUCUAUAAGACGCACUUUCCCCCUCCUAAAAAGUAAGGGGAAAUGUGUGUGCGUCUUAUGGAGCGAAUGCAGGCUCCAUGGCUUCAGCGAAAGCAACGCGAAGCCUCCAGAGUGCUUUCGCUGAAGCCAGGAGAGCAAGAGGAGUCAGAGCUCCCGCUGCGCUCCUGAGGCUUCGUGUUGCUUUCGCUGAAGCCAGGAGAGCAAUAUCCCUCUUGCUCUUCUGGCUUCGCUUCACUGGAGAGGCGCUGCACAGCUUUCCCUCUCUGCGCAGGAAGGGGCUCCGUUUCUCCUGCCACUUCGCUGAAGGGGCGCUGCGCAGAGAGGGAGAGAAUAUUUUUUUUCUUGUUCUCCCACUCUAAAACUAGGUGCGUCUUAUGGUUGGGUGCGUUCUAUAGAGCGAAAAAUACGGUAAAUGACUAAAGGCUGCAGUCUUUUACAAGCUUACAUGUGGGUAAGUUUCAUUGAAUUCAACGGGGCUUGUGUCUGAGUGUGCAUGUUUAGGAUUUCACUGUAAAAGUAAGAUAGUGUGUGGGGGCUGGGAAUAUAUUACAACUUUUUUAAAAAAAAGUACUUUCAGCUGGGCAUUAUCAUUCAAAGUGCCUGCCUGAGCAACUUCAAGGGAGCUAAGAUAGCCUAAAUGCUUCCAUACUGGGACUAAAUGUUUUGAGAGUUGGAUUCCUAGAUCUUUCAAUUCUAGGAGAAAGGCUGGUCAUUGCUUGAUGUAGGCUCUUAUCCAGUCAUCGGCCAAACUGGAUCAUUACUUGUUUUCUGGACAGAUGUAAUAAUAGCAUGACUCAUGAACGGUGGUCUAAUGAGGGUGAAGUCUGGCUUCUUUGUGAUUGCAACCUCCUUUAUCUGAACUCCAAAUAUUUAAGAUUGCUGAAGUAAUCUUCAAUUGCUAAGCAAAAACUUGGGAUUUAGCAAACUUGGGGUGCAUUUUUAAAAACACAAGCUAAUACCAGUCUAUGAAUAUCAGCAUACUGAUUUUAAAAUAGGUAAGAGAAAGCAGAGCUGUAUCUGCUCUCCUAACCUUUUCUGAAUAUCCUUGGUAGUAGUUGACUGGCUACUGUGGAACCCUGUGUUAGUUUUUGGCAUUUGGGGAAUUGCCCAACUCGAUGUUUGUAGGAUUAGCAUUGAGAAGCCUGGCAUCGAAAAUGCUGUGACAAGCCUUUGGAGAGGAGAGGUAUUUCUCUGCUUUAAAUGCCCCUGGAUAUCUUACGCACGACGGAACAUGCUGCAGUUGUGGAUGGAAAUAGAAGUGAUGAGGGAAGUAAUGACGUGGCUCUUGUAGAAGCAAGAUACCUCCUCCUGCUGUGUCACAAGUAGCAAUGACACUGUAGACUUGCUGCUGCAGGUUUCAGCUGUCUGUGUAACACACAAAUGCCUCCAGAAAUCUCUUGGGCAAUAAAAUAAAAACCGUCCUGUCUGCCUGUAUGCACCCUUGGUGAUUAUAGUGACAUCUUUGCUUCAAAGAGGGGGAAGUUGCCGCUUCUCUUGGCUUCCCCGAGUAGCUUGCCACAUGCAACCCUGGUGAGGGUCUUUUCCCCCAACCUGGAGCUUGUGAUAUUCAGUUUUUGUAUCUGCUACUUACCAGACAAUUAAUACUUGGGUCACUAUUGACUUCAUGGUGAGACAUAUACAGAUUGACUAGCGUAUCUAAGAAGAUACCGUGGUACCUCAGGUUAAGUACUUAAUUCGUUCUGGAGGUCCGUUCUUAACCUGAAGCACCACUUUAGCUGAUGGGGCCUCCUGCUGCCGCUGCACCGCCGGAGCACAAUUUCUGUUCUCCUCCUGAAGCAAAGUUCUUAACCCGAGGUACUAUUUCUGGGUUAGCGGAGUCUGUAACCUGAAGCAUCUGUAACCUGAGGUACCACUGUACUGGUUUUGUUAUGAUGUAACACUAAACCAUGACUUUGUGUUACAGGGAUAAGCCUCAGAAGCCUUAUAAAAUCUUAAUAGUUGGAAGGUACCCAAGGUCAUCUAGUCCAACCCCCUGCAAUGCAGGAAUCUCAGCUAAAGCAUCCAUGACAGAUGGCCGACCAACCUCUGUUUAAAAACCUCCAAGGAAGUAGAGUCCACCACUUUUUGUGGGAGUCUGUUCCACUGCUGAACAGCUCUUAAUGUCAGAAAGUUUUUCCGAAUGUUUAGUCAGAAUCUCCUUUCUUGUAACAUGAAGCUAUUGGCUUGAGUCCUACCCUCCAGAGCAGGAGAAAACAAGCAUGCUUACUUUUCCAUGUGACAGCCCUUAAGAUAUUUGAAGAUGGCUAUCAUAUCUCCUCUCUUUUCCAGGCUAAACAUAACCAGCUCCUUCAAGGGUUCCUCAUAAGGCUUAGUUUCCAGACCCUUGAUGAUCUUGGUUGCCCUACUCUGCAUAUGUUUCAGCUUGUCAACAUCCUUCUUAAAUUAUGGUGCCCAGAAUUGGACACACUGCUCCAAGUGGUCUGAUCAAGGCAGAAUAGAGUAAUACUGUUACUUCCCUUGAUCUGGACACUAUACUUCUGGAAUAGCGUUAGCUUUUUUUUGCUGCUGCAUCACACUGUUGACUCAUGUUAAGCUUGUGGUCCACCAAGACCCCUAGAUCCUUUUCACAUGUACUUCUAGUAAGCCAGGUGUCCCCCAUCCUAUAUUUGUGCAUCUGGUUUUUCCUUAUAUUUGUCCCUAUUGAAAUUCAUUUUGUUAGUUUGGGCCGAGUUCUCCAAUCUGUUACAGUCAUUUUGAAUUCUGAUUCUGCCUUCUGUGGCCUUCACAUUUCUCCUUCCAACCCCUUCUCUGGCACAACCAUGAGAAGGGAUAUGAAAGCUUUUGCUUACAUUUUCAAACUAACCACAGCUUGCUGUGCCAUCCAAACCUGGACAAGCUAUAGUUAUGCUAACUAUAGUUAACGGAAACAAGCCAACAUCAAGGCAUUGUCUGUGGAGCUAGAUUGUUUCCACUAAUUGUGGUUGAAGUUUAGGGUUCAGAUGUAACACUGGUUGGCGUCUGUCUGUCUUGGGAGACAAUGGAGGAAUGCACCUUUUGGGGGUGAGGUUAAGCUGCUGGAAGGUUGCAGCGCCCGCUGUGGCUGUAGAGACUGAUGCAGGAGAGACAUGUUUUAUUGCAGCUAGAGUAGAUGGUGUCCAGCUGUGCUGCUGCAGAUGCACCAUGAUAUUUCUUCUUUCUGCACUCCUUCCAGCUGUCAUUCCCCCUCUGGUCACUGCUAUGCGUACAUGACCUGACUGCCUGUCACCAGGCACUACAGUCAUCUGCAAGGGAUUCUCACAUGGCAGGGUCUGGAAAACAAGCCUUAUGAGGGAGUUUAGCCUGAAUGAGAAGAGUCUGAGAGGAGAUAGGCUAGCCAUCUUCCAAUAUCUCAAGGGCUUUCACAUAGAAGAUGGAGCAAGCUUGUUUUCUCCUGCCGCAGAGGAGGGUAGGAUCCAAUGGAUUCAAGUUACAAAUAAUGAGAUUUUGACUAAACAGGAAGAACUUUCUGAUGGUAAGAGCUGUUUGACAGUGGAACAGACUCGCACAAGAGGUGAUAGACUCUCCUUCCUUAGGAGAUUUUUAAGCAGAGGUUUGAUUGAUGUUUUGUUGAGAUUCCAGCUUUGCAAGUGUUGCGACUAGAUGACCCCUGGGAUACCUUCCAGCUGUACAAUUCUAUGCUGCUGUGAAAAAAAAACAAGUGAAAGUUCAGGCUUCCAAGAGUGACAAGACCAUAGUGAAAGGUUGUGCAGCUUAUUGUAGGAGACCCUUGUCUAAUUGGCCACUUCUGAUGGGGAUUGAUGACUCUAGUGCAAGAUGUUUAUGUGGUGUAGCUUUUCAUGAAUGCUGAAAUCAAGCACUGGUGUGUUAAUGCCUCCGUCAGUCAGCUGACCUGGCUCCUCAACCUCGCUCCUGGCUUUGUAAGCAACAUGUGUUAAUCAGCAGCCAUGCUUUUUGUGCUUGCUUUAGUUUAAAAUCUCCUGUCAGCGGGGCAUGGUCACUCUGACAGGCUAUCAGUGAGCAGAAAGAGCCGCAUUAAAAUUGAAAUAAUGUUACGACUGUGAAUGCAAUAAUCCUGCUUGCCUUUUUAUAAAUGAAGGCAUCCAGGUUCUAAAGAACCAAGUGCAUGUUUGAAUAUCACUCCCACAUCUGAAAAGACAGGGACAUGAAAUAGCACCACAACAUCUCUAUAGGUCUCCAAACAGAUCACUGUGUCAGAAUUCGAGGUGUUGUAGGUGUAGGUGUAGGUGUAGGUGUAGGUGAUCAGGGUCCUGCUAGACCCGGAGAGGCCCAGCAUUAAAUGCCCAUUCUGCCAUGAGGCUUGCUGGCUAAACUUGGGCCAGCCACUGCCUUAUCUUACUUCACAGGGUGGUUAUGAGAAUAAAAUGGGGGAGGGGAGGACAUUGCAAAGCCAUGUCGACACCAGUGUGUGCGCAUCAUUGAACACUCCUGCAUUGUGCCGGGGAAUCCAGUUGAGUAAAAUGGCUUCUUGAUCCUUACCCUCAAGUCCUACUUGGGACAGUGUUGCAGAGACCUUUAUGUAAGAAAUUACAAUCUUUAAAAAAACAGAUGUCGCUGUUUAUACUUCACAACUUUUUUGCACUACAACUUGCUUUUCCACUCCCAGAGUGAACACUUGGCGCCAACUGCUAGUAGCCUUGGGACUACAGAGCUGGAGGGAAGUAUUAUUUGCAGUGUUAGAAACUGGGAUAGAAAAGCUAGGAGCCAAAUGGCUUCUGGGACCUGGGUUGGGGGUGCCAAAACAGAAGGUCUAGUCGCCAUGGUGGGUGGGGAGCAGCAACACUUUUAUUAUUUUUAUAAGCAUGAACUAAUAUGCAAUUCAUAUAAGAGACAUAUUAUUAAUAUCACAUUUUAUCAGAAAUUGUUAAUACAUGUUUAAUUUGGUGUUUACAAUAAAAAUAUUGGUACCAUACUUCAGUUUUCAAAACACUGUACUCUUUAUGGUUAAACUCCAUAACAUAUUGUCUAUCUUUAGCAUAUACUUCGAGGCUUCAAAGCACGUACAUUUCAGUAAUCUUUGGGUGUUAGCUAGCUGCAAAAAAUAGCACCUAGACUUUUUGAGGUACUCACAAAUGGAGAAUCUUUAGGGGCAAAAUGUGUCUGGCGCCCUGCUAAUUUCGAACUCUGAUUAUUUGGCCACAUGCAUCUGCCAGGAGUCUAUUACUGCUGGACUGUUUGGGAUUAGGGUGUGGUGGUGUUGCAAUCUGCUAUAUAUGGUGCUCUGAGAGUAGUGGAAGUCACUCAUUAAAGCAACAUUUCUUCUUUUGGAUACUUCAUUACAUGCUUGUUGUUGCAUAAUUUAAUAUUGCAACAGCAUUAAUCUUUGUUCUGAUACUAGCAAUAGUCGGUGUGGAAAACUGGAAUGUUCCAAAUGUAGUGGGAAGCUAUGGAUGUAUGUUUCUAGAACUGUGAAAAGAUUUUUUACCUCCCAAGUUUAGAUCAUGUGUUUGGUUUUUGUCCAGUUUUACAAUGAAUUUUUAUUGUGUUAUUCUCUAUGGUUUGUUUUUAUGCAUACUACUUAGAAAUGCUUAGGUUUAAGCAGUGUAUAAAUGCCAUACAUAUGUAUUUACUUACACUUACACACACACACACACACACACACUACAGUAGCCUAACAAUAGGACAACUUUCAGAAACUUGUUCUACUGGAUGAGACUUUAGGUGCAACAUCUGUCCAGGGGUUAUCACUCUAGAUCAGCCUUUCUUAACCUUGGGUCCCCAGAUGUUUUGAGACUACAAUUCCCAUCAUCCCUAACCACUGGUCCUGUAAGCUAGGGAUCAUGGGAGUUGUAGGCCAAAAACAUCUGGGGACCCAAGGUUGAGAACCACUGCUCUAGAUGGUGGUUCCCCGGACUACCCUAAACUAACUUGAGGGUUAAGCAAAAUGUGUGUACUAACUGCUUUCAGUUUGAGCACAGCAAACUAUGAUCUGACAAGUACCAUAUUCUUUACAUGGACUGAUAGUUAGGUAUGCAUUUGCAUGGUUUUAGUGAAUAAUAUAUAGGGAUACUAUGGUUCUGUAGUGUAGUGACAAUUCUUGGAAGACCUUUUUAUGCUGACUGGCCAACACAGCUGAUUGAAGCUAUUUUGAUUGGCCAGUCAUUUUAAUGAUUGUUUUGCACUGUUUAUUGAUUUAAUGUGUUUCUUACGCUGCCAGUGUUAAAAUCUCUGUUGAGCCCCUGGUGGUCUUGGGAAAGUUGUCAGUCUUUUUGCUUGAGUCAUUUCACAAGAAAACUUUCUGCCACCCAGAUCUCCCUGGAAGAAGGGUGCAGUAUGGUGCACGUAGAAGUUUACAAUUAUGGCUUGUAAGCACUGUAAAUCUUGGGUCGAGUAGGUACAUGCAUAUGAGAAAAGAAUAAGCAUUUCUCAUGUAAGAUUCAGAGACUAAAAUUUCUCACGAUCUUAAAAUUGUAGGUCUGUCAGUGUAUGCUGAACUUGUGCUAAAUAAAUGUUAAUGUUUCUGCAAGUUGUCUGGCAUACAGAUUUGGUGAUGCUGUGGAGAGAGCUGAGCAUUAAAGAAGCAGCACCACACGUGUUGUAGGGUUAUAGUUACUUGUUAAAUGGCUAUCAUAGCUGAAAGACUGCUUGGGUAAUGAAAGAUGUCUAGCAAGCAGGGUGCAAUAACUUGCUUUUCAAAGCAAUCCUAACUUUGAUUCUGCAGAACAUACUGAAGCUAAUAUUUUGGCGACUGGCUCUAGACAAACCAAUAAUAUAAUUCCUGUGUUGAUAUAUUUUGUUUAGUAAAUUUAUCUCCCACCCUGCUUGCAUCAUGGCAUGCAAGGUGUCAUACAUUGCAUUCCCAGGCAGUUUCCUACCUGGGCACUUUGGAAACAGAAAUUUACUUAGCUUCAGCAAAAUGGCUGCUUCGUGUACCGUCGGGCAGUGACCUACUGUGGUGGCCUUGGUCAAUAACUUCCAUCUGAAUUGGACAGAAGCACUAUAACCAUUCAUUCUUCUGGACCUCUCAGGGAUGCUUGAUAUAGUGAGGUCAUCAGAUCCUUUUGGAUAACUUGAUAGACAUGGGAACUGAGGGCACUACUUGCCAUUGGUUCCGCCCUACCUGAUGGAGGUGCUGCAAAGUUUUAUCAUAUGCUUGCAACACCUGUACACAUCUAUGGGAAAAGAUGUCUAAGCAUGUGAUGUCAUUGUUAUGUUGAUGUUGCCCAUCUUCCAUUUUCAUCAAAUCCAGAAACAGUGGGCUCAGUUUUUGAAAAGAUGCUAGCCUUCAUUCAGCCCACAUCCAUGCACAAGCAAGUUCAAGGUUAAGAGUUUAAAUUGCUAACCUUGGGUUUCUUAGUCAGAUGUUUGCCUGCCCUGGGGUUGCCCUCUCCCUCCUAAAGGACAAGGUGCAUAGCCUGGAAGUUCUCUUAAACACUGGCUUUUCUGCUUGGUUUUUAAAUGGUGGUGACAAUCUAUUAUACCAUUCAUCAGCACUGAUAGAGUUCAUUUGGAACAAGGGUUUGGUGCCUGUCCUCUGUGCUUUGGUAACUAUGGGGCAGCCUUCUGAACACGAGGGCACCUCCCAUAUGUACGUCCUCAGUACUUGAAAGAGAUGCUGGAAGUGAGGGCAUAGGGCCUCACCUUUUUCAUGGAGGAGUUCUUGCUCUGUAAUGUUCCACCUAUUGCUGCUUUUUGACAGAUAAUCACAGUACAGUAUUUUAGGGAGGCAUUUUAGAUGCAUAAGGAUGAUUCUCUUCUCUGCUACUCUUAUGCAACCUGCUAACUUUGACAUCAUGGUACACUCGUAUAACUUGUUCUUCUGCUUUGCUCUGUCGGCAGUUUCCAGUGCUUUACAUGCAUAUUCUGGCAGCAUUUAUUUGCACAUCUUUUGCACAUUUUAACAAUUACAAUGGAUCUAAAAGUUAUUUUAUGCUGUAAUAAAAAUAAAUAAAUAAAUAAUACCCUGCUCAUCUGGCUGGACUUCCCCAGUCACUCUGGGCGGCUUCCAAAUAAAUAUUAAAAUACAGUAAUCCAUCAAACAUUAAAAGCUUCCCUAAGCAGGGCUGCCUUCAGAUGUCUUCUAAAAGUCUGGUAGUUGUUGUUCUCUUUGACAUCUGGUGGGAGGGCGUUCCACAGGGUGGGUGCCACCACCAAGAAGGCCCUCUGCUUGGUUCCCUGUAACUUGGCUUCUCGCAGUGAGGGAACCGCCAGAAGGCCCUCGGUGCUGGACCUCAGUGUCCAGAUAGAAAGAUGGGGGUGGAGACGCUCCUUCAGGUAUACUGAACCAAGGCCAUUUAGGGCUUUAAAGCUCAGCACCAACACUGUUAAUGACCUCAGUUCCAAAUGUUUCAUUGCAAAAUUAUUUGGAGUUGAGCAAGUCCAUCGCACAUGGAAAUGACUGUAUUCCUUCUGAUACUUCCAAAACUGGUAUGUUUUGUUUAACAUACUUUGGAAUAGUAAUCUGCUUUGUCAUGAGCUUGAAAGGGUGUAUCCAACACUUGCUCUGCUAGCGCAGCAGACUUCUGCUUGCUCAGUGGAGCUUUCCUCUCUCCUUUCUCCUGCAACCCCUCAGAAUCUGCUCCAGAGGGUUGGAAGAAGAGGGGAGAAGAAGAGAGAAUCUCACUGGGCAAUUGGAACUUGAUGUGUGUGGCAUUGGAUAUAUCCCAAAGUACAGUCAAUCCUACUUUUGUAGAUAAAAAUAUUCCCAUUUUGCCAUAUAAAGUCCAAUAUGCCAAAGUAGACUGAUCUACCAGCAUUCUGUCCCCAGCUAGUCAAUGUAAUUAACUUGUUUCAUUUUGCAAUACAAAUGAAGUUGGCUCUUGUAUAUUCUGGGAAUUAAUCAUUUUGCACUGAUAUAUAUAAAACUAGGAAUCUCAAGUGAAUACCUUCAUUUUAAAUUCCUGAUGUAUCAUUUUAGAAACUUAAACCAUAGAAGUACUUGGCUUGUCCAUCUUUGAUUUAAACUUGAUAGACUCAUAUCUGUUUUACUGUAGAAUUUGGGAGGAGCUGGAUCACUAUUAAAUCUGAGGUUUUAUAUACAGUAAUAGGAAACUUACUUGGGCUAACCUCAUUCUUAAUAAGCAUUUAGUGUUCUGCACUCAGGACUGCACCAUAAUUCUGUAAACGUAUAGAAGUGUAGGAUUCUCAGUUUUUAAUACUCAGAAAAUUAGUAUCAUAGAUAAUUUUUACCGCAUAAAAUUUUGCAGUAGUAAGUUAACUGGUAGGUGAACAAAAAGUUUACAAAAUCAUUGUAGUAGUGUGUGUAUCUUUAGCCUUACUUAACCUUAAUUUCGUGGUCAUAUAAAAUAGGAUCACACUAAAUAACAAAGCUGUGUAAGGAGCACUGAAUCUAAUGAGUGUUGUUUCAGGUUACCUCCUGGCUGUAAUCUUCCUUUGAAGCAUCAGUUUUAAAAUGCGUUCAUGAGUAUAUUUUCCAGUAACUCGGAGAUUAUAGGUCUCUAGCUGCCUGCUUCUAAACGGUCAGGUGAUUCCCUAGUCACGAGUAGGAUUACAGACUCAUGAUCACUUUGACUUUUAUUUCGUUCGGUUAAACUGAGGAAGUGGUAACGCUGUAAACUAAGAGCACAAAGGAGAAGCUAGCAAAGUAGAAUAGGGAAUGGAAAGAAAUGCCCAGUGUUCCCCCCCUCCAUGGCAGAAUAGAGACUGAUAAGUGUAAAAUUUGGGCAUCUUAAUUCUUGCCAGUCCUGUUCUUAUAAUUGUUUCCAGGCCUUAGCAUUAGUUCUUACCUGUAGGAUUGCUUUAUUUGGUGACACUAUAUAUAAGUUGAAGUAGGAUCACAUUGGACUUCACUGCUUUGCCUGCCAACUUUAAGCUUUUUCCACUCCUGUAGUACAGGAGGUUUCUGGUUAAUGGAUCACCUGUUUAAAGGGUCACCUGAGCUGAGCACAUUUUGCAAGUGCACUGCCAAGUGGGUUGUAGUCGGGAAAGAAAUACAGUGGUACCUCAGGUUACAUACACUUCAGGUUACAUAUGCUUCAGGUUACAGACUCCGCUAACCCAGAAAUAGUGCUUCAGGUUAAGAACUUUGCUUCAGGAUGAGAACAGAAAUCGUGCUCCAGCAGUGCAGCAGCAGCAGAAGGCCCCAUUAGCUAAAGUGGUGCUUCAGGUUAAGAACAGUUUCAGGUUAAGAACGGACCUCCAGAACGAAUUAAGUACUUAACCCGAGGUACCACUGUACAUUGGUACCUCGGGUUACAAACACUUUGGGUUACAAACUCCACUAACCCGGAAGUAGUACCUUGGGUUACAAACUUUGCCCCAGGAUGAGAAUGGAAAUUGCGUGCCGGUGGCUGCGGGAGGCCCCAUUAGCGAAAGUGCGCCUCAGGUUAAGAAUGGAUUUGGGUUAAGAAUGGACCUGCGGAACAAAUUAAGUUCGUAACCCGAGGUACCACUGUAAUUCUGUCUCACGCGCACGCACGCGCGCGCACACACACACACACACUUUAGAGCAGGAGUAGGCAAUGUUGUGCCCUCCAGAUGUUGUAGGCUACAGUUCCAUACAACAUGAGCUAUGGUAAGGGAUUAGAAUUGUAGUGUAGUCUACAACAUAUAGAGGGCAAUACCUACCCCUAGUUUAGAGCUUGACAGUGAAGAUAACAUAACAUUUCUGGCUUUUCUUGUGAAAGCUACUGGCUAAAGCUUAUACAACAAUAUACUGCCAGCUGAUCAAAAGGUCACUAGUGUGAGCAGAAGAUACUUCCAUUUGCAUGAUAGGGAGGAGUAUAAUUUCCAUCAGUAGUCCUCCUUGCAGCAUCACACACUGUUCUUGAGGGUGGCCCUCAGUAGUCUUCAUGUGGUGCUCAUGUUCAUUUGUGACAUGGAUCACUUGAAGUCUAUCUUCUGCUUUUCACCUUGGAUAUUUAUCCCCCCCCCCCAUGUGAUAGUUUAGGACAAUGCAGUUUCACUUGUGGCAGGUGUUUAGCUAAGCGGUUUGACUGCAGAACAGGCACCUACCUAACAUUUGUCUUUCUGUGGUUGUGCUUAAUAAUAUUGGCUUUGAAACUGAAGAAACCUGCAAUGCGUCUUUGUGUUUCGUAGAUCUGAUGUUCUCCUUUCCUAGUGAUGGUAUACUAAGAUACACUUGAAGAAAACAAUCUAUGUGCGUCUCUCUCCAAGUGUUGUCACUUGGAUUGAAUUAAAACAAGGUAUUUAUCCAUAGCCAGUCACACAAGAGCAGAGGGUUGUUAAAACAUUUAUCAAUUAAAAACAAUUAAACAGUACUUGCUUGUAGUUCAGCAAAUUGAUAGAAUCAAUGCAAACUCUUUGUGUGGAUCUACUUUGCUUUUUUAAGGUACAGGGACAUGUUCAAUGCAUUGUGAUCACAGUAUAAUCUUCACUACUUUGAUGUGUUUGUAAAAACAGCAAGCUGUGUUUCAGUAAGUAAUAUAAAAUUGGUGGGAAAGCUCUAAAACAGCACAGUGCAGGACUUCAAGUGUUCAUUGAGUGGUAAGGGCAAAAACUUACAAAUGGCUUUAGCGGUGCUACCGAGGCCUCAUGUGGGAUAAGGCCCAUUGCCUCACUGUAGAAUGGCUUUUAAAUACAUCUGUCUAUAUAGAACAUACAAUCUACAACUGAAGUGAUGAGUGGCAGCUAAUCAUACCAGUCACAAUUUUACAAAAUAAUGUGUUAAGUGUAACAUCAAGACUGGACUUGAAAUGCACUGACUGGAUCAGGCCUUUCCUGUAUAUUAUACCAGACUCAUGGCCAAAGAGCUUGGUGAUAGCCUUGCUUUGUAUUCUUUAGUCUCAAAAGAGCAGGCAACUUGAAGGGAGAAUAAUAUAUACAGGGCUUUGCCUAAGUAGUCUAUUGCAGGUGAGUUUUAUGUGUGUGUUGGGGUUGAGUUAAACACAGCUCAUGGUAUCUGAACCUACUCCAGCAUUGUUGCUCAGCCGUAGUCUGCAGUAAUCCAUCUGCAGCACAGUAAACCUUACCUUGAAAAAAUAUUCCCCAGAUUCUUCAGGCUCAGACACAUCCCAGAGUAGUCUUUCAAGUUUAAUACUUAGAAAUUAUGCAAUUUGAUGCUAGUAUAGCUUCCCAUGAUGUGCAUACGUUGUUCAGGUUCUUCCAGAUACUAUCCUGUCACACCAAGGAGUUGAGAGUACUGUUUUUCUGGUAGAUAACCUGCUUGAAAAAGAUGAGACAUUCUGUCCAAGUUGACUAAUAGUUUCUUAAUGUGAUUGCAGGAACAUUGUUUUUGGGAGUGGCAUGCUUAACUUGCAGGUAGUGCUAAGAAGCUUGAGAACUCUUCCUAUGCUACCUUCAUAAAUCUGGAGGCCCUUUGGGGUCAUUGUAUGUGAUUCAGCAUAUGCUGACUUACUCCUUCCUUCCUCCCCUCUGUUGAUGAUGCUCAUGGCCUCUCAUGUGAUCUUUGUUCACUGACUGUCUCAACUGCAAACUUGUUCAUUCUGAAAAGGAUGUUGGAAAGAAGCAUGAAAUCUUGGUUAGAGCUCUCCUACAUAAUUAAUUUUCUAUGGCACUGCAACCAUGAUUCUUGCAUCAGUGGGAAAACAUGUAGGCACAUGUUUAGCACAGCUAAUUAAGCUGCCUGAGAGAUCCUCUGCUGGACCCUACUAAUGACUGUGCUCUUUCCUCUCUUCAGUCAGGUCAGUUCAGUGAGGAUAUGAUUCCUACAGUGGGCUUCAACAUGCGGAAAGUUACCAAGGGUAAUGUCACAAUAAAGGUAUGUUUUUCUAGUUUAUGAAGGCAAAUACAUUGUUCUGCUAACCACUUCUCAGGAAGCAGAUGAAAGGAGACCAGUUCAAGCCUGGGGGGGGGGCAUAAAACCUUUCCAUUCUCCCACCCAUUCAGUCCCUGACUGCUUCUCGUACCCAUCAUCCUAUUAAUAUUGUCUACUGGGCUCAAACUUUGUAAUAGAGGGCACUGUGUGCAACACUUGAUGCUGUUUCGAGCUUGCAAGUUAUUUACGCUGUUUUAUAUGAAUCCUGGGACGUGGGUGGCGCUGUGGGUUAAACCACAGAGCCUAGGACUUGCUGAUCAGAAGGUUGGCGGUUCGAAUCCCCACGACGGGGUGAGCUGCCGUUGCUCAGUCCCUGCUCCUGCCAACCUAGCAGUUCGAAAGCACGUCAAAGUGCAAGUAGAUAAAUAGGUACCGCUCCAGCGGGAAGGUAAACGGCGUUUCCGUGCGCUGCUCUGGUUCGCCAGAAGCGGCUUAGUCAUGCUGGCCACAUGACCCGGAAGCUGUACUCCGGCUCCCUUGGCCAGUAAAGCGAGAUGAGUGCCGCAACCCCAGAGUCAGCCACGACUGGACCUAAUGGUCAGGGGUCCCUUUACCUUUACCUUAUAUGAAUCCUAGCUUCCUAUAGUCGGCUGUAAGCAAUUGAUAACUUUUAAAAGGCUACCGACACAACUGUGCCAUAGGGCACAAAGCUUGGUUGACACCCUCCCCCCCGAUGCUGCUGUCAUUAUUACAUUAUAAAGCAGGGAUGCAGCACUUGCAGCCCUCCAGAUAAUUGUGUAGGGCUCUCAGCUCCUAUCAGCCUCAGCCACUAUGGCCAGUGGUGGUCAGCAACAUACAGAGGGCCAUAGGUUCCCCAUAUCUAGUAUUGAAGGAUAGCUAUUUUUUAGGAUUAUAUGCGUUUUAGGGUAGUUGGAGGAAAUCAGGCAAUGGGUUACUGCAACUUGGGUGAUUAAGUGUGCAGUCUUACUUCUGUGUUUAACAGGACCUGGCUGCCCUGACAUACAGUUACUGGGAAAGUGUUAAUGGGAACAUGCAGAACCCCCAUCAGUCCAGUUGUUCCUUAAGGUGGGGCCUGCAAGAUGCAUGCUUCAGGGUUCACGGGCAGGUGGGGCAGCUUUUCAGCACAUCAGUGGACAUUUUGGUGGAAAGCAGAGUGGCAAGGUUUGGAGCUCUGCUGUACCUUGUUCAAACUGCCCACAAAGAGAAAGAGCAUUGAAACCGGCUGCUGCUGUUCAUGCUGCAUAGGAGUGCUGAUUGCAUAUGCAGGUAACCCCCUAUUUGCGUGGGGGUUGCGUUCCUGGCUGUCCCAUGCGUUGAUGGAGCCCGCAUAAGCCCGCCCCUUUCUGCCUCCAGGUCCAAAACAAACCUGCGUCGGUGGUUGUGCAUCAAUUGAACACACUCAAAAAGGUCGCUGCCUGUAUCAGGUUUUGUCACUGUAACUGUGAUUAGGGAUUAGUCCUCUAUUUGUGUUACUUGGGUCAUUCGUUCUACAGAUGUAAGCAUCUCCCACAACAAAUUUCAUAUUGCAGUAAAAACAAUAUUAGUGGAAAACCUGCUUUGUUACUCCUCCUGGCUGACAAAAUGCUUUCAGUUUUUUGGUCCACAUAGCUUCCUUUGUGACUUGUAUAACAUCAAGUUCAGUCGUUGCAAUUUUGUAUUCAGCCUCCAGACAUAAUUCUCCAUUUUGUCUCUUAAAAAAGAUCUGGGAUAUAGGAGGACAGCCACGAUUCCGAAGUAUGUGGGAACGCUACUGCAGAGGAGUAAAUGCUAUUGUGUAAGUAUAUACACCUUGUGGUUACUUGGUUGUGGCUGCAUUUGUUGUGUUGUACCUAGUUCUUCAGGUGUGUUACUCUACUGCUAAGUUCUACUCUUUAACUGUUUAGCUAUGUGCUUGCAAACUGUGCAAGCUUGGGUUUUCUUCCAUUUGAACUCUGUUAAAUUUCACUGUCUAAGGAAAUGCAUUAACCGCUUGGUAGCAUUUAUUACUUAUUGCUAUUAUUAUGUAUUACAAUUAGUCAAAAGUGCUUUUCAGAACACUACAAAAGUAUGUCAUUUAAAAAACUGACUGUGUUGUAUAGGUACACAGUACUUCUACAAAAACCUGGGAUCCUAUACCCUAAAAAUGGUGGAUGCUGUUCAAAAUGAAGUUUCUCAAUACCAUGGCUUGUCAAUGAAAGCUUGACAAUUAGUUUAUAUGAGAGCCAGUGUGGUGUAGUGGUUAAGAGCAGUAGACUUGUAAUCUGGGGAACCUGGUUCGUGUCUCCGCUCCUCCACAUGCAGCUGCUGGGUGACCUUGGCCCAGUCACAUUUCUUUGAAGUCUCUCAGCCCCACUCACCUCACAGAGUGUUUGUUGUGGGGGAGGAAGGGAAAGGAGAAUGUUAGCCGCUUUGAGACUCGUUUGGGUAGUGAUAAAGUGGCAUAUCAAAACCAAACUCUUCUUCUUCUUCUUAUAUUUAUUGUAAGCAAUUGAACAAAAACCUUUUAACUGGACUUCCAAAGCAACAUCCAAUGCAUAAAAGUAAAACAUUGAAACCACAACUUAUAUAAAAAAAGCAAAAGCAUGUUCUUAACAUACAGUGCAGAGGAGAAUGUCUAGUCGAGUGAAUGCUCUGAUCCCAAAAGAGUUAUCAAUCUCUCUAGCAAAUAAGACUUGCAUAUCUACUUCCUGUGAUUCCACUUGAUUGUUCUUUAAUCCCUCACAGGGAUUCCCAGCAUGAUACCAGCAAACUGCAAACAUUAGAUCAUACUCUAACACAAUCUAGUUCACACUGCAGCACAGAGUCUCUAAUCUACCUAGUUGCCUACUGCAGCAGCUACUGCUAAGGUUAAUAUCUAUGGCUUUACCAGGUUGCGUAUGUCCUCAGCACUGACCCGUUACCCGGUGAGCUAUUUUAUAACCUCUAGCAAUUUUGCUAGAGUUACUUUGGCUUAGAUAGGAUUGCCUUGCACAAAUGUUUUAUAGUGUAUAAACCCGGUGGUCACUUACUGAACUCCUUUAACAGGUAUAUGGUGGAUGCUGCGGAUCGUGAAAAAAUAGAAGCCUCUAGAAAUGAGCUGCACAAUCUAUUAGACAAACCACAGCUACAAGGAAUCCCUGUAAGUUGUAAACAUCUGGUCCGUCGUCCCAUACAAACUUUUAAGGUUUUAAUUUGUUUUGAAAGGAAUUCUACCUUGUGCCCAAAUCAGUCAAACUCCACUUGUGUUCAGCUUCUGCAGCUCCAUCCGUUCCAUGUUCUUAAGCAUGCUUUUGACCUUCUACUGAAUCAGACCAUUGGUCCAUCUAACUCCUGGUUAUCUAUAAUGACUGGCAGUGGCUCUCCAAAGUUUAGGCAGGAGUCUCUCCCAGCCCUUUUUGGGAGCUCCAUCCCUCUUGUCUUAAUCCUUGUCUGGAAGCUUCCAUAGUAGAACUAAUACACUACAGCAAUAUACCCAAAACAUGAAGACUAUUCAAAUGUUUCCCAGAGUGGAAGCUGUUAAUGUGAAAAGUCUUAAAAAUAACUUGCUAAGAGGGUUGGUUUUGACAAUCUGUGUUCAAAAUGUUUUAGUUAGCGAACGCUGCUAACUGAAGGAGCCCACUAUAUACCUAAACUUACCACAUCUGACUAGGGUGCUAUGGAAGCGAGCCCUCUGGUUUUGCUUCCUGCUUGGUGUGCUCACAUCUGGCUCCUUUACUGCCUCUGCAUGCAGUUUCUGUGCUGCAUCUGAUGGGACGACCAGUGGCACCAGAGCGUGGGGUCCCUUUGAAGUCUCUUCAUAGGUUUGGUUUGAAUUCAAACUACGUCUACAAAUAGAUAAAAGCCUGAGCUUGUUGAGGCUUAACUGCCUAGAACCUGAAACUUUAGUUCUUUCACACUACCGAUUUAUUCCCUCUAUGCUCUGGUUUACACGAAAUUGGGCAAGUAAGUAUCUUGUUUUAAACAGAAUGUAAGCUGCCUUCACAAGAAGACGGGGUACAAAUAAAUACAGUACCUUCUCUUUUCAGGUUCUAGUACUUGGAAACAAAAGAGACCUUCCCAAUGCUUUGGAUGAGAAGCAACUUAUUGAAAAAAUGUAAGUGACUAAGCAAUUAUAUGAUAAGAUGCUCUGUGCUGACUUGCUGUGUUCAAAAUUAAACUUGGUAUGGUAAGAGAGGUGUUGUCUAAGAGACUAGUUUCAUAUUGUAAUGUGAUUCUUAGGAAUAGUGGUAAGAUGACUUACCUUAGAAAUAUUCCUAUUAAUUACAAUUAGGGAUUAUCACUAAUGUGUUCCUGUGCUGCUUCUCUUCCAGGAACCUGGCUGCUAUUCAAGACAGAGAAAUCUGCUGCUACUCCAUUUCCUGCAAAGAAAAGGACAAUAUAGGUGAUUAAAAUGCAUAGGUGCUAACUUCCACUGGGUGCACAAAUUGGAUUCAUAAAGGCUGUUCUUGCAAAACUGCAUGCAUCCUUUCAGACAUUUAGCAGUUCAUGCCAACACAUAUACUAGCAUUUUUAUAAAUUCAGAACUGUGUAAUUAACUGACUGUGAGACUAGAUAGACCAAACAUAUGGUUUCAUAAAAGUGAAACUGGCAGGCCACACUUCUGAGCUAAAGUAUGGGAACUCAGAGUUUAAUCUCUAUAAGGUGUCUUUCAUUGAAUACCCUGACAGUGUGCUGCAAAUGCUUCUGUCUUCCGCUCAGAGCAGUGGAAUUAGUCUAUGGUAGUACCUGGGUAAAUGGAAAACUACGUAUAAAGACAAGGAAAAACAGACUGAUCACAAACAGUUCACUUAAAAUGUGAAUAAGGCUGAGAUCUGUUAAGCAAUAUAGUUUAGUAAAGCCAGCUUGCUUUGGAUAGAUUUGGACCGACGCCAAACCAAAGCCUGCUUCUCUUGAAGCUUCAGGUCCAUUUCAGAGGGUGGUUCUUGGUUUCAGUUUGUAAGUCCUAUUUGAUACAUUUUUGAACCAUCUACAGGCUAUCUCUCCAUAAAAGGGUGGUGGGGGAGAGUGGUGUGCCUUUGUGACUGAUGGCUUCCACUCAUGGAAUGGCUUUUCUGGGUCUCUCCACCCCCUCUUCUUUUGGGAGGGACACUGAAGCAACCUAACUUCUAGCCGUUCAGUAUUCUUAACUAAGUGUUGGUGCUCCUAAUAGUCAACUUGCCAUCACUAAAGGAUUUGGAGUUGACAAUUGGCAUUUUGUGUGACCUAAUACUCUUCUUAUUCCACAUGCCAUCCUUUAGAUUCUAGUUCUUAAAAUUAACUCUUGGUUGUGUUUGUGUCUGCCAUGUGUUACUAGGUUAGUUGCUUUCUGUCCCUCCUGCAAAAUAUAUGGCCCUAAUCAGGACUAGGAAAGUUCAUUUUUUAAAGGAACUACUGUAUUUUUCACCCCAUAGGACGCACUUUUUCCCCUCCAAAAAUGAAGGGGAAAUGUGUGUGCGUCCUAUGGGGCAAAUGCAGGCUUUUGCUGAAGCCUGGAGAGCGAGAGGCAUCGGUGCGCUCCGACUCCUCUCGCUCUCCAGGCUUCAGGAAGGUAUUCGCAAGCCUUGCGCGUCCGGCGGGAGGUCCCACCUGGUGCGUGAGGCUUGGGGUGGCAGCCUGCCGCUUGAAGCACGGGGAGCCCUCCGGAGGGCGCCCCGUGCUUCGGGCAGGUGUGCGCAAGGCUUGGGGCGGCAGCUGCGGCUGGGGGGGGAAUAAUUUUUUUUAUUCAUUCUCCCCCCCCCCAAAAAAAACGAGGUGCGUCCUAUGGGCCGGUGCACCCUAUAGGACGAAAAAUACGGUAAUUCCAGUUCAUGUUCAUCGCUUUACAAAACUGUCUGUUUCAGUUCAAGUUCAUCCAAACUAUCCUUGGCAUUUUUUCCAGCAUUCAGAAGGUUACAAGCUGGUGUGCUGAAGUAUAAAAGUUAUUUAAGAGGAAAACAUCAAAAUAUGCACACACUGAUAGCAAUGUGACUAGCUUUCCCCAACAGUUAUGAUCUUCAAGCCUAAAGGCCCAAAGAAUCUAAAGAGUCAAGAAGCACGUGUAAGAAAAGGAACUUGAAGAUGAACUAGAAUCAGUUCAAAGCUGCACUUCCAAAAAAAUUAAUUCACAUUCAGCCUGGUGAUUAUGGGAACAACUUUCAGGUGUAGUUCAGAGAUUUUUGAACUAAUUCAGUAGACUUCAUUAAACCAAACUAGUUCAUUCCAAGCCACUGGCCCUUGUAGAAUUUCAUUUAGUUUGUUGUUUAUAGGUCUAUAACUGACUGAAUAUAUAGCAGAGACUGUGCCUACAAUGUUCUUCAUGAUUGUGUGACUUAACAGGUGUGUGUAUGUACACAGCAUUUAUAUAGCUAAACUUAUUGCUGUGCAGAGCAUAGUGUACAUGCUCAUUUUUUCUUUUAAGUAUCCACCUCUGUCCUAAUUAGGUUUCCCUUUCUUAAUGUGACUUUGGUGCCAGCUGUUGCCUGCCUAUUAUUUAGCACUUUUUGAAAGGACAGGUAGUAAUAGUUUGCCCCAAAACCUAUCCAAAAAACUUUUGCCAAGAUGCCUUGGGUCCUGGAGCUUGGCAGCCCUAUGAGGUAUUUCUGUAAAUGGAUCAUUAAUGGAACACCUGCCUGCUAUUUUCCUAUGGCCUCCCCACACCCAAAUCUGGAAAAGGAAAUUAUUACUUACAUGUAGACCCUAGUCUAACCUUUUUGAAUAUAUAGCUGUGUAGAUAAGUGUAAUCUCCUUUUUAGAUUGGAUGUUCAACUGCAGGAAGUAGAAUAUCUAAGAUAAAUGACAACUGUUUCUUUUUCUUCUAGAUAUCACACUUCAGUGGCUUAUUCAGCAUUCAAAGUCCAGAAGAAGCUGAAAUAUCACCGAUAACAUCUCCACAGUUGGCCAUAGUCUGAUUUGUCUGCUCCUUCCAUGAUGAAAUGUUAUUCAGGAUAGUCCUCCUGUAUCCAAGGAAUUGCCUUUUUUCACAGUUCAUGCCUCCAUGUGCACUGCUGAAGACUUAUAUUCCUACUUCUGUCAUAAAAAUUGGCUAGAGUUGUCAUGAGUCGCGCAAAUGUUUUUUCUUAGUUCAUCUAAGCAGUGGCAGUGGGUGCUUCUCCCCUCUCAAAGGUUAUCAUUAAAUCAGUGUGUUUCUGCUCUGGUCUUCCUGAGCCAGGUUUUUAUAUUUGAUUGUCAAGAAACUUAUUUAAUUCUUAUAUUUAGUGGCUCGUUGAAGAUGCUGACACAGGGCAGCGCAAGGAUUCUAGCACCACUUUAUUGUGCUUAUAAAGCUUUUCAAACACUGUUUAAAUGGGAUACUAACUUUUCUCUCUCAGAUGCAUGUGAUAUGUAUUGUAAAAUGGUUUGCAAUGGAAAGUGCCAGGCACUAGGUAUUAAAUCACUAAAUUACCUUGAGUUUCUCAAAACUUCCUUCAUUCUAAUGAAUGAAAUGUCCAAUUGUCAACUUUUGUAUCUGUGCAGGUCAUUGCUAAUGACUUUAUAUGCUGAAAUUCUUAAGGGGAAUAGAGUACUUUUGAAAUAAAGCUUUCAAGUGUUUGAACACACAAGCAAGUCAAACGAACCUGGGAACCUCGGACGAGACUGAACAAUGACACCUUGUUCCUCGAAAUGCUUUGCAAAGUCUGCAUGGCACCCUGAUGGUGUCAGACUCCCAGCACAAAAUAAUCGUAUUGUUAUCUGGCUUGUCCUCUUAAUGGAAUAAUUGAGCACAGUUGCACUUGGUGCUAGGAAAUGCCUAGGCUAUUGUGACAACUCUAGAUUUGCCUGCUUUCUCGGUGUGUAAUCAUGUGUAAAAGUCCACAGGCUAAGAAAUGUUGAAUGGUGUCUUGAAGCACAAGAGAAUCAAUGAACUGAUCCUGUUUCUUGGUUAGCUUCUACACAGCAUAGAGGUGUAUGAAUCAAACUGUAACACUACUUUUGUAGCUUUACCUUCUUGGCAAUGUCAAUAUUUAAAGGGACAGACUUGUUAAGGCUGGUUUUCUUCAUACAAUGUCGAUGUAGCCCACUGUAUGCAUACAAAUAUAUGGUACACCUGCUUGUGUUGCCCCCAUUGUUUCGUUGUUUUUUUUAAGCAGCACCUGCAUGUACUUGGAUGUUGCACUUUUCAGAGUCCAUGUUAACACAGGUUUGGUACAUUUAAGGGCACGUUCAUAAUAUGUCUUUCAAGGACAAAAUGGUUUCUCAAAGGACAGAUAUUUCAUACUGGAACCCCCCAAGUACUGCGAUCAGCCAUGGUAUAGUAUGCCUUUGCUAAUCUGCAUGUAUGGCAAAACUCUUCUCGUCUAAUACUGGCAUUCCUGUGUUACUUACUUUCAAAGGCUCUAUGCCAAAAGGCCACAGGCCAUGCCUUUACAGUAUCACAUGGAGUUUGUAAAAGACUCCACAGUGCUAUCAGGUGGUCUGGGGGAAAAGUAACAUGGGAUCAUACAUUAGUCGCAAUAGCCAAAUGUGUGUGCAUUACAGGCAGAAUGUAUGAAGACUCAUUAAAAAGUUACAGCAGCUUUGCAACAGCAAUUGGACCAAGUUGACUUAACACACUAAUGUGCCCCACAACAGCCAGUUUUGCUUUAUACUGCCAUGGCCUUACUGUUCCCAUACAAACUUGCUGCACUGUUGCACAGACACAGCUAUUGCUUCCAUUAGCAAAUUGAGCUUUUUUGCAUUUUUAACUUCAUAUGUGCUUCUAUAAAUCCUGUAUUUUUGGUGCUGUAGAGAUGAGGUCAAUCACUUGCUAUUGUAGUUGACUACAGACUGCUACACUUAACUAGAGAAACUCUGCUUGUGCCUAAAAAUAAGGAAGCUGAACUAGAAUGUGUCAACUUUGCUUCUUCUGAGAAUCAAAUUACUGUUAAAGAAACUGGCCUGUUGCUGAAUUCAGUGUGGGUUCUUUUUUUGCGCAUACUUCACUGCUUUCAGCAUUUCGACAUCAAAAACCACUAUCAACUUUUUAAUCUGUGCAUUAAUCUCGGCAUGUGAAGAACUUCUACAUUUACCAAACUUUGUAAAUAUGUGAAUUUUUUUAUUUAGGUGGAUGGCAUUUUGUUUUACUGCUGUUUAGCUUUAACCAAUAAACUUAUGUUUUCAGGGUUAUGCUGGCAUGUAUGUAACUGGACCUUAAAAGUGUCAAUGUGACCGAGAUAG